AUGGGUCUCUUAAGAAAAUGCUUAGCUAUUAUUUUUUGCUCCGCGGUAUCAAUUUUAAUCGCAGUAGCAUGUAGAGCCAGUUUAUUGAAUAUUCCUCACGUGUGUGAGAUACAACUAGGUGUUGGGAAGCUCAAUUCCUCCAUAGAGCUGAAUAAACAAGAAAUACCAGCACGUUUUGCUCAAAGAUAUGCUCGUUAUCUACAUCCACAAAUAUGGGCUUGCCAGUCCACCAAUUUCGUAGGCAGAAGAGGUUACUACUCUCAGGGUGGUGAGGAUGAAGCCUUGCACAAAUGGAUCUUCAAUGACACAAAGGAAAAUCAGAAUCCCGGUAUAUUCGUAGAAAUAGGCGCUGCAGAUGGGGUCACUUUCAGUAAUACCUUGUUUUUUGAGCGAAUGUUUGAUUGGCGUGGAGUUCUUAUAGAAGCUCAGCCAGAUAAUGCUAGAAAACUGCUCAAAGAAAAUAGAAAAAAUACGGUGAAGCUUCCUGUCGGAAUAUGCUCACCACCUCAGACCCAUGUUAGAAUGCUGGGUGGGCCUGGGUUCGUCGCAGGAAACAUUGACACCAUGGACGAAGCCUUUAGAAAGUCUUGGCAUAAAAAUAAUAACAAUACUCAACAAGUAACUUGUGGUCCUAUUGGUUACUAUUUAUCCGCGAUUGGCAUAACUCAUAUAGACUUAUUCAGUCUUGAUGUAGAAGGAGGCGAAUUUUUAGUGCUUCUUACGAUGGAUUGGAACAUUCAGCACACUAUACGUGAACGACAAUUAUCAACGACCUGA